AUGACGAGCCUCAACGACGAUGAGCUCGAGAUAGAUUGGACAGCAGAGGCUGUAGGUCCUUCUGAUAAUGAGAGUACUAUAUCUGCUGGUAGCGAGGACGGGUUCGAGGAAGAGACAGAGCUGGAAUUUGUCUCAGGCAUCAAGCGUAGCCGCGAAGAUGAAAAGAACGAAGUUAUGAACGGUGGAGAUGAUAAGAACGUUGUCAAGAAGCGAAAGGCGUAG